CUGCAGCCAAUUAAGCCGACCAGGCCCUUUUCCCCAUGGGGGCCUGGUGUGCAAUGGCUGCAAACAGCAGCAUCCUUGGUAGUGUACGCAACCUGUUGCUUAGUAUGGGUUGCCCUAAGGGACCUUGGAUACAGCCCUUUCUGGUGGACAUUCGUCACGCUGCCCUCCAUCUAGGCUCAAAAUGGGUAUGCGGGGUGCCUUUGGAAAGCCCCAGGGCACAGUGGCCAGAGUCCACAUUGGCCAAGUCAUCAUGUCCAUCCGCACCAAACUGCAGAACAAGGAGCAUGUGAUUGAGGCCCUGCACAGAGCCAAGUUUAAGUUCCCUGGCCGCCAGAUGAUCCACAUCUCCAAGAAGUGGGUCUUCACGAAGUUUAACGCGGAUGAGUUUGAAGACAUGGUGGCCGAGAAGCGCCUCAUCCCUGAUGGCUGUGGGGUCAAAUACAUCCCUAAUCGCGGUCCCCUGGACAAAUGGCGAGCCCUACACUCGUGAGAGUCUGGUGCUGCCCCCACCUUACACCCACCAAUAAAUCAGUUUUCCA